AUGAAUUUUGAAACUUCACGGUGUGCCACCCUACAGUACUGUCCCGACCCUUACAUCCAGCGGUUCGUAGAAACCCCAGCCCAUUUCUCUUGGAAAGAAAGUUAUUACCGAUCCACUAUGUCCCAGAGCACACAGACAAGCGAAUUCCUCAGUCCAGAGGUUUUCCAGCACAUCUGGGAUUUUCUGGAACAGCCCAUCUGUUCAGUUCAGCCCAUUGACUUGAACUUUGUGGAUGAACCAUCAGAAAAUGGUGCAACAAACAAGAUCGAGAUUAGCAUGGACUGUAUUCGCAUGCAAGACUCAGACCUCAGUGACCCCAUGUGGCCACAGUACACGAACCUGGGGCUCCUGAACAGCAUGGACCAGCAGAUCCAGAAUGGCUCCUCGUCCACCAGUCCCUACAACACAGACCACGCGCAGAACAGCGUCACGGCGCCCUCGCCCUACGCACAGCCCAGCUCCACCUUCGACGCCCUCUCGCCUUCGCCCGCCAUCCCCUCCAACACCGACUACCCGGGCCCACACAGCUUUGAUGUGUCCUUCCAGCAGUCCAGCACCGCCAAGUCCGCCACCUGGACGUAUUCCACUGAACUGAAGAAACUGUACUGCCAGAUUGCAAAGACAUGUCCCAUCCAGAUCAAGGUGAUGACCCCACCUCCUCAGGGCGCUGUCAUCCGUGCCAUGCCUGUCUACAAGAAGGCUGAGCAUGUCACUGAAGUGGUGAAAAGGUGCCCCAACCAUGAGCUGAGCCGUGAAUUCAACGAGGGACAGAUCGCCCCUCCUAGUCAUUUGAUUCGAGUAGAAGGGAACAGCCAUGCCCAGUACGUAGAAGACCCCAUCACAGGAAGACAGAGUGUGCUCGUACCUUAUGAGCCACCUCAGGUUGGCACUGAAUUCACGACAGUCUUGUACAAUUUCAUGUGUAACAGCAGUUGUGUUGGAGGGAUGAACCGCCGUCCAAUUUUAAUCAUCGUUACUCUGGAAACCAGAGAUGGGCAAGUCCUGGGCCGCCGCUGUUUUGAGGCCCGGAUCUGUGCUUGCCCAGGGAGAGAUAGGAAGGCAGAUGAAGACAGCAUCAGAAAGCAGCAAGUCUCGGACAGCACAAAGAACGGUGAUGGUACGAAGCGCCCUUUUCGUCAAAAUACACAUGGCAUCCAGAUGACAUCCAUCAAGAAACGAAGAUCCCCAGAUGAUGAACUGCUAUACUUACCAGUGAGGGGCCGUGAGACUUACGAAAUGCUGCUGAAGAUCAAAGAAUCCCUGGAACUCAUGCAAUACCUUCCUCAGCACACGAUUGAAACGUACAGGCAGCAGCAACAACAGCAGCACCAGCAUUUACUUCAGAAACAGACCUCGAUGCAGUCUCAGUCUUCCUAUGGUAACAGCUCCCCACCUCUGAACAAAAUGAACAGCAUGAACAAGCUGCCUUCCGUGAGCCAGCUUAUCAACCCUCAGCAGCGCAACGCCCUCACUCCCACCACCAUUCCCGAUGGCAUGGGAGCCAACAUUCCUAUGAUGGGCACCCACAUGCCAAUGGCUGGAGACAUGAAUGGACUCAGCCCCACCCAGGCCCUCCCUCCCCCUCUCUCCAUGCCAUCCACCUCCCACUGCACACCCCCACCUCCGUACCCCACAGAUUGCAGCCUUGUCAGUUUCUUAGCGAGGUUGGGCUGUUCAUCAUGUCUGGACUAUUUCACGACCCAGGGGCUGACCACCAUCUAUCAGAUUGAGCAUUACUCCAUGGAUGAUUUGGCAAGUCUAAAAAUCCCUGAGCAAUUCCGACAUGCCAUCUGGAAAGGCAUCCUGGAUCACCGGCAGCUCCACGACUUCUCAUCCCCUCCCCACCUCCUGCGGACCCCAAGUGGUGCCUCCACAGUCAGUGUGGGCUCCAGUGAGACCCGGGGCGAGCGUGUAAUUGAUGCCGUGCGCUUCACCCUCCGCCAGACCAUCUCCUUCCCACCCCGCGAUGAGUGGAAUGACUUCAACUUUGACAUGGAUGCUCGUCGCAACAAGCAACAGCGCAUCAAAGAGGAGGGGGAGUGA